AGUGAAAAACAUAAUAAACACGAGCCGCAAAUUUUGCUAGGGUUUUUGCUGUUUCCUCUUCACUUCCAAGUUUCCGCCGCAGAUACAAAGCAGAGACAGCCAUGGCUACUUCCAUUUCUCCUUCCGAUCCUGCAGAUUUGCUGCAGAAUCUGUCAAUUGAUCAAGAAACCAUGGCCAAAGUCACUGACAACACUGGGAAUAAUAAGCAGGAUGUGUAUGGCGGAAACAGUAACAACGGCUUCUCAACCAAGAAGAAACUUGGUUACAACAACUACUCUGCUCAAAAAGGCUCUUAUGGUAGCUACUACUAUCCUCAAGCGUAUCAGUACCCGAGAUAUGGUUAUGACAUGACGUAUGCUUCUGGAAAGACCACCAACAACACUCCCUACCUGGGACGAUCUAGCAUGGACAGCAUGUACUCAAUGUAUGGACCUUACAGUUACAUGAGUGGAUAUGGAUAUGGAUAUGACACUUAUGGUUAUGGCACUUACAAGUAUACUCCAAACUGGUACGCGUUCAACAAUGGAUACAAGACAAAGGGUUACGGGCUCUAUGGCAAAGAGAAUGCCGAGUGGUUAAACGAGCUGAACAGAGGGCCAAGAGCCAAGGGCUUCAAGACCGGGCAGCCUGAGACUGUUAAAGCAGCGCCGCCGGAAGAUGUGUCUCUUCCAGAUUCAAAGGAGUACAACAAGGAAAAUUUCUCUGAUAGCUACUACUCCAAUGCGAAGCUCUUUGUGAUCAAAUCGUACAGUGAAGAUGAUGUUCACAAAAGCAUCAAGUAUAAUGUGUGGUCCAGCACUCCCAAUGGUAACAAGAAGCUUAAUGCUGCUUAUAAUGAAGCUAAAGACAAGUCAUGCCCUGUUUUUCUCAUCUUCUCUGUAAACACAAGUGGGCAGUUUGUUGGAUUAGCGGAGAUGGUGGGACCAGUUGAUUUCAACCAGACGGUGGAAUACUGGCAGCAGGACAAGUGGGUUGGUUGCUUCCCUGUUAAGUGGCACAUCGUUAAAGAUAUCCCUAAUAGUUCCUUGAGGCAUAUCACUCUCGAGAAUAAUGAGAACAAGCCUGUUACUAAUAGCCGUGAUACACAAGAGGUAAAGGUAGAGCAAGGGGUCAAAGUAAUCAAGAUUUUCAAGGAACAUGAGAGCAAGACAUGCAUACUCGAUGAUUUUGUCUUCUACGAGAGUCGUGAAAAGAUAAUCAAAGAGGGAAAAAAGAAGCACCAGGAGUAUAAGAAACAGCAGGCUUUGGCUGCCAGUGACAAAAAAGCCACACCAAAAGACGAGCCUAAGGAAACCAAAGAGACUAGUAGUAUGAUACCAGAAGUAGUUGAAGAGAUAUCACAAAACGGCGUUGCAGAAGUUGCUAGCGCAUGCUGAAUGCAGCAGCAAGCUACUUACUUUACCUUGGGUGGUUUUUUGUCCGUUUUCUCCCCCCAAAUUUGCUCACACUCUUUCUUAGAAGUUUUGAGUAAAAAACCCACAAGACAUGUUUUAUGUUUGGCCGUUGAAGUAGAAAGAUAAAAAGUGAUUUCAAAGUCUGUUGGUUAUUUUC